AUGCCAAACUCAGCCAGCAGCCAGGCCUUGGCACUGCCCGAGAUCCUGACACCAAUCCUUACCCUUGUGGACGACGACGACGACGGCUGCGGCACACUCGCAGCCGCAGCUCGAGUGAACACAGUGUGGUUCGGCUGUGCCACUGGACUUUUGUGGAAGAAAAUCAGCGGCGCUGCCCUUGGCUGUGUCCCUGCUCAUCGGAGACAGGUGUACGCUUCUAAGAUUGAAGCUAUAGUCUUUACGGCCGAAGAUAGAGACCUGCACGAGCCAUUCAGAGAGCUAGAGUUUGUUCUCCUAAGGGAGCUCACACUGCACACAUAUCAUCCAUCGCCGGGGAAUGGAGCAUUGUACAAUCUGCGCCAGUAUUGUCGUCCAAGACUAGACAAAUUCUAUUUUUACGGCGGCGAGUUGGAUCGAGAAUUCAUGUCAUACCUACAGAAUACUUGCCGAGACCUUACAAGACUAUGGAUCGACCUGCCCGGGCCCAAGGUUACGGUGGAUUCAUUUUUCGACUUUGUUUCCGGAUUCAGGUCUCUCGAAGAAAUUCAUCUCAAGCGUGGAAUUGAUCAUUUACUUUCGGAUAAAAUUCUCUAUCACCUUGCGCGUCAACCAAACCUCCGAGAGCUGGACAUCGGCCACUAUCUCUCCCCAAGGCUUCUGUCUGACAUUUCACAGAAAAUACCCGGCGCCUUUCCAGCUCUUGGAAGUCUCGGCGCCACAGUAGUCUCGGACUGUGUGCCUAAAAUCAUCCACAUACUAAAGCAUGUUACAUGUCUUGAUCUCAGGAUCCUUGACAAUGAACUCGACGCCUUGACGACCCUCGGGUCGACUUUAAGGCUACAGAAAAUCAAGAUUCUAUAUGACUGCAGGAGCCAAUUGACCAAAAGCCAGUUCCUUGCCCUCAAGGCUCUCCAGAAUCUGGAGAAUCUCGCUAUUCGGUCGACUGUUGACGCAAUCGAAGUCUCUGAUCCCUCCGGCUCUCUUCUCUGCGAUGAAGACUUUCAGGAGCUUGUCUCUGGGAUGUCGAAUUUGCGUUCUCUCGAACUCGAAACUAUUGCAGACUUAGGAAUUGACUCCCUUCUUGCACUCUCUGCUAGUUGCCCGAUGAUGGAAGAACUCGAACUUUUAACGGCAUUUGAUCUGCAGAAGCUAUUGACAAAAGCAGGGGACGAGCCUAUCUUCCCUCAUCUUAGGAGAUUAGAAAUUAGUGGCAUGCCCAAUCGAAUAUUCAAGUCAAUGGAUGAUUUAGUUAUGACAGCAACAAAUGUGUUUACACAAAUGGAACACCACUUUCCCGAACUAGAGACUUUAUAUCUAGGAAAAGACGACCCAUUAGCGGAUAUUAUAACGGCAAUGUUUUAUGAGUCGGAUGAUGAGUCGGAUGAUUAUGAGAAUGAUUAUGAGGAUGAUUAUGAUGAUGAUGAGUCUGAAGCUAGGGAAGAUGAUAUACUAGAGAACUGA